AUGGCUUCCUGGGGGCACACAGCCAGUGUUGUCUGCCUCACCUAUGCCGAUUCUCUCCUCUACUGCGGUUCUCUCGAUAACGCUAUCUUAGGUGGGAGGGGUCUGGGAAUCGGUGGCGUUAAGCGUCACAGGAUGGUGUCGCAUGACCAGAUUCAAGGCAUCACAAAUUCCGCCAUCCGACGUCUGGCACGUUGUGGAGGCGUGAAACGCAUCUCUGGGGUCGUGUACGAGGAGACUCGUGGUGUGAUCAUUGACUUCCUGAAGAACGUCAUUCGCGAUGCCGUCACGUGCGCCGCGCACUCGAGACGCAAGACCGUCACUGCCACGGACGUAGUCUAUGCCCUCAAACGUCAGGGUCGUGUUCUCUACGGUUUCGGUGGCAAUGGGCGGACAGAUGGAGAAAUUGCGUCGGAUGUUGUGUGGACGCUGCAACGGCUCUGUUUAAGGGCACUUUUACACCAAAUUGCAGAUUGCAUUCGCGUUUUUCUGUUGCACCGACGCGAGAGACGUGGCGGUGCAUGGUCAAUGGCGGAACGCAUGGGCUUUGCUGUUUCUGCUGUUCUUCUUGUUGGUGAUGCUAGUGGUGGCGGUGAUGGUUUUGGUGGUGUUAGAGGUGGAGGUCCUUGGGUACAGCGCAGUAGUAAAGUGUACGUUGAGGAAGGAAAGUGGAAUAAGGCAUGA